AUGGACGGUAAUCGAACAUGCCUAGCAAAGAGAUGCUCACCACCCAGGGAGCACGAGGCGAAAGUUAAUGUGGAAGCAGCAGUUGAUUUACGAGCAAGAAGCGCGGGCCUAGGAGCAGUUGUGGGGAAUGGCUGGGGUCAAGUUUUGUUGAGUUCUAUCACUAAAGUUUCCCAUGUGCAUAAUACGUUGCAUGCUGAAAUGAUGGCAAAGAUCCUGUUUAGGAUUGUUCUAGUUAGGCAAAGGGGUUUUGAAUCAGUCAUUGUAGAAAGGGACGCUAGCCUAGCAGUGGAAGAGAAUACUGACAGAAAUAAGCAAGAGACAGUGAUGAAUAUGUUUGGGAUUCAAGUCACCAACAGCCCAGAAAAGUAUUUAGGUUUGCCAAUGAUGUUUGGGAGAGAAAAGAGGAAGACACUCAGAGGUAUAGCAAACAAUAUGCGGCAAAGAGUACAGUCUUGGAGCCAGACGCUGAUUUCGGAUGAAGAGAGGGAAGUCUUUGUCAAAGCGAUAUUACAGUCUAUGGCUAGAUAUGCUUUGUCCUGUUUCAUGCUACCUCGAAGCCUUCACAAAGAAUUGAAUAUGAGUAGAUACUGGGGGAGAAGUGGUGGGAAUGGGAAUGGGAUCCAUUGGCUCUCAUGGAGGAAGCUUUGCAAAGGAGAAUGGGAGGGUGGCAUGGGUUUCAGAGAGAUGAACUCUUUUAACGAAGCUUUACUGGCAAAGCAAGGCUGGCGCCUGCUGCAUAAUUCAUCCUUCUUGGUGUACAGGGUUCUAAAAGAGAAACAUUUCCCCACAUGCUCUUUUCUGGAGGCCAAAGAGGGACGGACUUCAUCGUAUUUAUGGAAAAGCAUUUGUGCCGGAAGAGAAGUGUUGCGUCUGGGAGCUCGGUGGAGAGUGGGUAAUGGGGAGGAUAUAAAUGUUUGGAGUGAUCCUUGGAUACUUAAGGAGGACGGCUUUAUUCCAACCCCAAGGGAUGAUGUGGAAGUCUCAGAUAUUAAAGUGAAGGACUUAAUAGCCGAAUCACCUAGUCAGUGGGAUAUUACUACUACUUUAUUUCCAUGCAAUAUAAUUAAGGAGAUCAGCUUGAGGAGCGGGUUCAGAGUAUUAUUGUCAGCUGACCAGCAAAGUAAUGGGGCUGAAAACCAGAGUAACGAACAAACACGAGAUAGUGUAAGAGAACUGCCAAUUUGGAGGAGAUAUGAAGAGCUGACAUCCCAAACAAGAUCAGAGUUUUUGCCUGGAGGAUUGGAGGUUUGGAAGGAGGCGGGCAUGGGUAAUGAUUGGAUGGGGCAGCAUUGGCACAAUAUAAUACAGUGGCUAGGCAUGGCUACAAAAAGUAACGAAGGAAAUACAAUGGAAAGGCUAUUCACUCUAGCCUGGGCAAUUUGGUCAACCAGAAACAAUGCAGUUAAAAACCAGAUACAGAGAAGUUACCAGGCCACGGCCAGCUUUGCAUCCAACUACCUGAAGGAAUAUCAAAGAACUAAGAUUAGGAGAGGUGAGGCGGUAGUGAAGGAACAAAUGAGAUGGAAAGUCCCCAUAGAGGACACCAUCAAAAUAAAUUUUGAUGGAGCACUGGAUACAAUGGAAGGAAAUUGA